AUGUCUCAGAGUAAAAGCCCAAACUUCCUAGGAGUAAUGAGCUCCGAAGCCAGCAAAAGCCGGCGCGAGCGAAACAGAGAAGCGCAACAACAGUUCCGGAGGCGACGACAAGCUGUCGAGACGGCUCGCUUGCAGCGGCUGAAGCACCUGGAAGGUAUUAUAGAGAGAAUGAGCACUGUUAUAGUGUCCUUCACCGAUCAAAUGCUACAUGAGGAUGUUUUGAAGCAGUACCCCGUACUGGCAGCGAAUGCCCAAGAGGUCAUCACGCAUGUACUCGCACUAGCUCAUGAGGCUGAAGAUGCAGACGAAGGUACCACAACUGAGGCAGCUUCGCCCAAUGGCAGAUAUGAGUUCUCGGCGGCACAAGACUCGGGAUUCUCAGAACUAUCCUUUCACUCGGGUCCUAUGCAGGCCAAAAUGAUGAAUGCCAAUCAACAGAGUGCUGUAUUUAUGACACACCCUUCGUCACAAUACCCACAAGCUAUGGGCGAUCCAACCAUAGCAUAUACGAACUUACAAGAUCCUACACUCUCAGAACUUCCAUCUCUGCCGCCAUCAACGCUACUACCGUCGCUUGGCCCAGUCCCAUGGAACACUUCCAAACCUCUCUCACCAACGUCAUUCACAUAUCGACUUACUCACUCGUGCUUUAACGAUGAGCGAGAGUCAAUGACGAGAAAACUAAGAUGGAUCACGGGUAUCGGAUCGCAAGAUAUCAAGCUUGCUUCCAUCUUGCCAUGGGGAGGACGAUACUGCGGUGAAGACUUUACAGGCGACGACCUCUCCAGCACUUGCAAAACGACAGACAGGACGGCACUGCAGUUUCUUAGUGCUGCGGCUCAAGAUACUCUUGAGUUGGAUCUGAGUGGAGCAAUGGGCAACGACGACCCGAGACCGUUGCAGCCGGACAGCUGGAGUUUUGUCAACUUCUUCCCACCAGGUAUUAUUGCACAGAAGGGAACGUCUGCCAAGAUACGGUGUGUGUUUAGCGAUGGGGACUGGGUUUCCAAGGAGAGAGCUCAAAAGGGCAAUUAUGGACUCCAGGGUUAA